AUGGGGUCGGUGGGUUUGGUAGAGACGAGGAUAACUCGUCUCCGCAUCUUCCCCGCCAGGCUGAUUUCCUCUCCGGUUCUGAUGGUUGCUGCCUCGCGCCGCACCUCAGCGCUGGGGGAGAUCACCCACCGCAGCGGUGCUUCCGGGCACCCAGCAACGCCUGAUCCCCCCUAUACCAUCCUCCCCGCGUAG